AUGGAGAGAUUUCAAGAUGAGCUGAGAUUUGUUGAAGGCCGAGGAAGGUGCCGGAAGCAGCCACAUGAAACAUUCAUGAAACUGAAAGGUUGUGCUUGCGCUAAAUCCGGUCGUUUCAAGAAACGCAAAGAACAAAACGGAGACGUUAAAGCAAGCAAUAUUCGAGUUUUGGCGUUAGAAAGUUUACUUUUUUCAAAAGUUAUAUACAUUUCAAUCUUUGCAAUCAUUAAGUGCAGAGUAGGACGCGAAAAAGGUGGGAUGCCCAGAAUUCGGAAGCGCGUACAUGUAAACGAUGAAAAAGAAAAGAAAACAAAGCACCUGCGGAAUAUGUAUCGUAGAGGAGAAUGA